AGUUCGAAUCAGUCCUGGUUCUCCUUUCCCCGCGCUGGCCUCGCAGGAGGAACUGGCGAAGAGCCCUGGACCCCUCUGGCCUCAGCCAGUUUUCCUGGCCACACAUAGCAGGAGACGACAUGCCUUGGACACUCUUGCUGUUUGCAGCCGGCUCCUUGGCCAUCCCAGCACCGUCCAUCUUCCUGGUGCCUCCCUACCCGAGCAGCCAAGACGACCCCAUCCACAUCUCAUGCACGGCCCCCAAAUACUUCCUUGGGGCCAAUUUCACACUGUACCGAAGCGGACAGGUGGUUCAGCUCCUGCAGGCCCCCGCAGAUCAGCCUGGCGUCACGUUCAAUGUGAGUGGUGGUGGCGGCAGAGGCGGCAGUGGUGAGGCUCCUGGAGGGAUAUUCCACUGCCAAUACGGUGUGAUGGGGGAACACAGCCAGGCCCAGAUGUCAGACCUCAGCCAGCCUGUGCAGGUCGCGUUCCCAGUGCCCACCUGGAUCCUGGUGCUAUCCCUGAGCCUGGCUGGCGCCGUCCUCCUCAUUGCCGGGCUGGUGGCCCUAGCUGUGGUGGUCAGAAGAGUUAGAGUAAAACACCUGCAGAAGAGAAGAGAGCAGGAAUCUUGCUGGGCUCAGAUUAACUUCGCAACUACAGAUGUGUGGUUCUGCCAGUGGCCACUAGGGUGCAAGAGGCAGCCAGUCUGCGAUGCAGACAUGUCCUUUGAUAACUCCCUGUUUGCCAUUUCCACGAAAAUUAUGUCAGAAGAUGACCCGGUGGCCACCCUGGAUAGUCAUUCCUGCAAUUCUGGGGCCCGAAAGAGGCCCACCUCUACAUCAUCCUCACCGGAGCCCCCUGAGUUCAGCACUUUCCGGGCCUGCCAGUGAGGCUGAAGAAUGGGGACCCUUCAUUGUGGGGGCUCCAACUACUGUUUUCUCAGGGAAUUGAACAGGGAAGAUCAAGGAGUCCUCUGGUCCUAGGACCUUCCUUACAGAAGAUGAGAGAGGAGGCCAAGACAUAGGUCUGGAGGCUGGACAGAAAGCAGGAAGCCUGUCUGUGGAUUCCCAGCUUCUAAAGACUACCAGGGAAGAUGUCACGGUCACUUCUGGCACCCCAGUUGGACAUAAGAGGUCAAAACACUCCACAACUCCAGCCCCUUCACUCCCCAUUUCUUCAUUCUCCACCUGCACUUGACCUGGCCACUUGACUUCCUGCGUUUUGUGAGCACAGGGUUCCAAAGGUGUGUUCUGUGCGUUCGCCCUGCUGGCAUGUCUAAGUUAUUAUAGCACGUGGUAAGAUGUCUCUAAGGGCUGUAUGGCAUGUAAUCUUCAAGCCUGGGACUUCUGGCACCCUAUUAUGGAUAGAGGGGGGCAUCCCCGUCAGGGUGGGCUGUGAGGCCUGUGGGGGUGCAGGAAGUGAGGUGCUGCUGCACGGGGGUCCCUGCAUUGAGGUGAAUAGGAGGUGGAAUGACAGCGGGGUUUGGGGGAGAAUGAGGAAGUCCAAGGAAAGGUAGGAGCUGCAGUAGAUGGGACCUGGGACAGCGGAGGGGUGUUGGGACCACUGUUGGACUCACUGGCUCACUGUUGCACUCACGGUGGGGAGGAGAGUAACUGAGGAAAGGGUGAGACCCCCGAGAGAGAGGUGGAAGAUUUUUGUGUUUGUGCGGAGGUUCAGAUACAAUGCAGAGGCCAGGGGCACAUCUCAAACAGCUUUUCCUCCAGGGCGGCAAAGCCUUCGGACGACGGGCUGGGGGCGUGUCCUUAGGCCCUGGCCACGCCCUCGUACCAGCGCUCUCCCACAAAGCCGGGCGGGAGGGGAGCAGGGCAGGUAUGGGGGCGGGGCCUCAUCGUGGCCAGUCCCCGCCUUUUCUCUGGCCGCCUCAAAACGCCGAGCGGGGCCAGGGGGCGGAGCCCGGCCUCAGGGGCGUGCCCGACCUGUCAGCGUUUACCGCCCUUGGCACACCCUCAGGUUGCCGCCUGUGUAAGGGCAGCCGGGUAGUGCGGGGCAGGGCCUGAGGAGGGGAGUGUCCGCGCGGCGGAGCACAGGCCAUGACGCACGCCUUGCCCCGCCCACCUCGAGCUGCCUCACCGCCUUACAAAGGGGGGGCGGGACCCAACCAUCGAAGGGGCGUGUCCUCGCAGCUUAACCACGCCCCAGUGACAAGCUGCGCCCUGCCCACUUCGACCUACCUCACC